GAUCGCGUUCAUUUCAGUGACGAGAGCCAAAAUCCCCCUAAAAUCCUCAAAAUUAGCCGACAAACGCGACAAAAGUGCUGCAAAUCCAGACAAAUUCAGCAGAUUGGCGAACGAGCCUCACCAAUACACGGACAAGCGUGAACCAACACAACGACAAGCGUUAUGUGCUCUUCUGCUGCUUAGCUGCUGUUGUUACGGUUGUAUAUGGAAACCGACAGCGACAUUAAAAUAUAUACAUUUGAACGCGCGGUGAGGUGAAACAUAGAAAAAAUAUCGGAUUCAAUAUAUUGAAAUUUUUGUGAAAGAAAAACGCAAAAAAUUCGUUACAUCAGUUCAGAAAAAAAAUCUAAAAAAAUUAGCUGUGAACAAGUGAAAAAGCAAAAAAAAAAAACAAAAGAGCUGAAAUUAGGAACAACAAAAAAUGAGUAGAUCUCUGUACAUUCGAUACAGAUACCGAAGAAAGCAAAAAAUUGUGAAGAAAAGUGUGUAGAAAAAAAAACACAAGACAAACAUACAGAGACAAGAAUAAUCUACGCUCUCAUUGACUGCGAGACGACGACGACGACGACACGCUGAACUCAAAUUUUAUUAUUACACACGAAAAAAUAAUAUAAAAAUUCAUACAAGCGUGCUCCUCUUCUUCUUGUCUUUUUUUUAUUAUUAUUACACUUUACUUAUUUGCUGGCUGCCUCGCACUACACAAAAUCGCAACAACACUUGAUUUUCCAUUAUUAUAAGAUACACACAUAUAUUUAUAAAUAUAUAUAGCUCUUCAUGGCAGUGCGUUGCAAAAACAUUCGCUGUUGAAAAAAAAAAUAAAGAAAUGUAAAACAGAGAGAAGAAAAAAUAUGAAAGCAGAGAAAAUCAUAAUAAUGAGGCUUAAAACAAUACUGAGGCAGUCUAACAAUAGUGAUAGUAACCUAAAACUAGUAGUGCAAAAACAUAAUGUCACAAGUUCGUGUUGCACUCUGAGAGACCAACAACAACGACAGGAUUUGUAAAAAAAAUUGUGGUUUCAGUGAUAAACACAAAAAAAAAUUAUAACUCUAAAAAAAACAAAAAAUUGAUCUAAAUAACGAAAAAGUGUGAUCAAAAAUAAGAUAAAAAGAAGCAACCACAAAUCUUUAGUGUAAUAAAUAAUUAGGAAAUAAACAAUAAUAAAAUUAAUCUAACAAUGUAUGCAAAAGGCAAAGGUUCCACAGUGCCGUCAGAUGCACAAGCACGAGAAAAAUUAGCACUUUAUGUGUAUGAAUAUUUAUUACAUGUAGGAGCACAAAAGGCAGCACAAACGUUUCUAUCGGAAAUCAGAUGGGAAAAGAAUAUCACAUUAGGCGAACCGCCCGGGUUUCUGCAUUCUUGGUGGUGUGUUUUUUGGGAUUUAUACUGCGCAGCCCCCGAAAGGAGGGAUACUUGUGAGCAUUCAUCUGAGGCCAAAGCUUUUCAUGAUUAUGGAUUUGUGAGUUCGGGUUACAACAUAAAUGGAGUCGCACACAAUGCUGGUCCUGCUCCGAGUCCGCUUGGGCAAAUACCUCCAAACGAAGGCAUGCCAGGAGGUCCAAUGGGUCCCGGAUUCUUCGCUAACUCGUCAAUGAGACCAUCACCACCCACACAUCCAUCUAAUCAGCCGUCCCCUCAUCCCAAUCAACCUCCUUCCGGUCAAAUGAUGUCGGGUCAGCCAUUUAUGGGAGGCCCAAGAUAUCCUCCGGGACCAAGACCUGGAGUACGAAUGCAACAAGGAAUGGGAAAUGACUUCAAUGGCCCACCUGGUCAACCGAUGAUGCCAAAUAACAUGGAUCCGACACGGCAAGGUGAAGCUGGAGAUUUUGUAGCGUGGCAAGGUCCUCCGGGAAUGGGACCAAUGAAUCCACGAAUGAAUCCGCCACGAGGACCCGGAAUGCCGCCAAUGGGUAGUUACGGGCCUGGCAUGCGAGGGCCUCCUCCGGGUCCCGGAAUGCCACCCGGCAUGGGAAUGCAAGGCGGAAGACCGCAAUGGCAACCUAAUACAUCAACACCAAUGAGCUAUUCAUCAUCAUCACCUGGCAAUUAUGGGGGACCUCCCGGAUCAGGAGGACCUCCAGGCCCUGGAACACCGAUAAUGCCAUCUCCCCAAGACUCAUCGAAUUCCGGCGGCGAAAACAUGUACACGAUAAUGAAACCCGUAUCUGGUGGAAAUAUGGGAGGGGUAACUAUUAAAUCAGAAUUUCCGUUGGGCGGCGGACCCGAUGGAAGUGGCUCAAUGGGCCCCAUGGGGCCUAAUACAAUGGGACCUGUACUUAAUGGCGAUGGUUUAGACGGCAUGAAAAAUUCACCGGCAAACGGAGGACCGGGCACUCCGCGCGAAGACUCGGGCAGCGGCAUGGGCGAAUAUAAUUUGGGCGGCUUUGGAGGACCCGGAGAAAAUCAAUUCAACAAUGUACCAUGGAGCAAUUCAUGAAUCUUGUACAUUAAGACUUCAUCUUUAUUUUUUUAUUAUUAUCUCCUUUUUUUAAAAAAAUGUUAUCACACAUACACAAUUCACACAACACGCAUUUUAUCCUAUUUAUUGACAUUUUUAACAUGAUGAUGCACUGCUCUACCAUCUCAUUCAAGUCUGUUUCGUGAGAUAUUUUUAAGAGAUAUUUUUAAUGGUUAUAGUAUUAAGUAACGUUAUUAUUAUUAUUAUUACUGUACCAGACAAGAUCUAUAAGUUUUUAGGAUUUAAUUUAAAAAAAUACAAAAAAAAAAUAAAUAAUUUGACAAUUCAAUAGAGACCGGUA